CUUUUGAGUGUUGACCUUUUGAGCUUUGUUGGACAUGAAGCGAGCCCUAAGACACCUGAGUCUCCAGCGCCAGAAUCCAGCUCAAAAGGAAAGGAAGAGAAAAAGGAAAAUGACAAGGAGGGGGAGAAAUCGAUGAGCAGCAAGAUAGUAUCUCUGACGAUUCAAGAAGAUGCUAAAGAAGGUGUGGAAGACGAAGAAGAUUUGCCAGCUUACCCAUACGAACGUCUCAAGACAACUUCACCUGAUCCUGUGACAGACAUUGAUGUAACAAGGAGAGAGGCUUACCUUUCAUCAGAGGAGUUCAAAGAGAAGUUUGGUAUGACGAAAGAAGCUUUCUACAAGCUGCCUAAAUGGAAACAAAACAAAUUCAAGAUGGCUGUUCAACUCUUCUGAGAAUGAUCAUCCUUCUCCAUGAGACAGUGUCAGUGCAUUUUAAGCUGCUGCUUCUGUUCCUGAGAAGCUUAAAUAACAUUUUUUUCAUGGCUUGCGUUUGGGGGAAACGCAACUAUAAUCGGUUUUUGUUAUGAAAUUUUCAAUUCAAGAUUGUGAUUACAUAUCUUGAGAUAGGAAACUCAAGUUCUCUUUCUUGCUAAUUACAACUACUGUGGUGACCAAUGAAUCCACUUACGGCUCUCUUUGUUUUGGAUUAUUGGUUGUAUGGAACUAAUCAAUCAUACACGUAUCUAUUAUCAUGA